CUUAGGGCUUGGCCUCGGUGGGGCUGCGGUGCUCAUGGCUGCGGCCAGCGCGACCCCUCCCGGCUCCCUGGACCUGCUGCAGCCUGGCUUCUCCAAGACCCUCCUGGGGACGAAGCUAGAGGACAAGUACCUGUGCUCGGCCUGCAGGAACGUCCUGCGCAGGCCCUUCCAGGCUCAGUGUGGCCACCGCUACUGCUCCUCCUGCCUGAGCGGCAUCCUGAGCUCCGGGCCCCAGAACUGUGCCGCCUGCGUGAACGAGGGCAUUUACGAGGAAGGCAUCUCUAUCCUGGAGAGCAGCUCAGCUUUCCCGGACAAUGCUGCCCGCAGGGAGGUGGAGAGCUUGCCGGCCGUCUGUUCCAGCGAGGGCUGCACCUGGAAGGGGACCCUGAAGGAGUACGAGAGCUGCCACGAAGGACACUGCCCGUUCAUGCUGACCGAGUGCCCGGCGUGUAAAGGCCUGGUGCGCCUGGGUGAGAAGGAACGCCACCUGGAGCAUGAGUGCCCGGAGAGAAGCCUCAGCUGCCGGCACUGCAGGGCGCCCUGCUGCCUGGCUGACAUGAAGGCGCACCACCAGGUCUGCCCCAAGUUCCCCUUGACCUGCGAGGGCUGCGGCAAGAAGAAGAUCACACGCGAGAAAUUUCAGGACCACGUCAGGACGUGUGGCAGAUGCCGAGUGCCCUGCAGGUUCCACGCUGUCGGCUGCCCCGAGAUGGUGGAGGGCGAGAGGCUGCAGGAGCACGAGGCACAGCGGCUCCGGGAACACCUGGCGCUGCUCCUGGGCGUCCUCCUGGAGGCCGGGCCCCACCCUGGAGACGGCCGCCCCCUCCUCGGCCAGGGCGAGCAGGGCUGGGCGGCCAGCACGCCGGACGCGGGGGCAGCGCCCUCCAAGGCGGCGGAGCUGCUGCAGAGGUGCGAGGCCCUGGAGCGGAAGACGGCCACCUUCGAGAAUAUCGUCUGCGUGCUGAACCGGGAGGUGGAGCGGGUGGCCAUGACCGCCGAGGCCUGCGGCCGGCAGCACCGGCUGGACCAAGACAGGAUCGAAGCGCUGAGUAACAAGGUGCAACAGCUGGAGAGGAGCAUCGGCCUGAAGGACCUGGCUGUGGCCGACCUGGGGCAGAAGGUCCACGACAUGGAGGCGUCCACCUUCGACGGGGUGUUCAUCUGGAAGAUCCCGGACUUCGCCAGGAAGCGCCAGGAGGCUGUGGCUGGCCGCACGCCCGCCAUCUUCUCCCCAGCCUUCUACACCAGCAGGUACGGCUACAAGAUGUGUCUGCGCGCCUACCUGAACGGAGACGGCACCGGGCGCGGGACGCACCUGUCCCUCUUCUUCGUGCUGAUGAAGGGCCCCCACGACGCCCUCCUGCGCUGGCCCUUCAACCAGAAGGUGACCCUGAUGUUGCUGGACCAGAACAACCGGGAGCACGUGAUUGACGCCUUCAGGCCCGAUGUGACCUCGUCCUCUUUCCAGAGGCCGGUCAGCGACAUGAACAUCGCGAGCGGCUGCCCGCUUUUCUGCCCCGUCUCCAAGAUGGAGGCCAAGAAUUCCUACGUGGCGUCUCCCCAGGACCAGGACUUGCCUGGCCUCCAGGUGUUUCCUCGACAGCGGCAGAGCCCGGGCAGCCUGAGCACAGGCUUGCACCUCGGCUGGACCCGGUCAGGGCCUCAGCCCGGGGCUGCAGGAUGGGCACGGCGUCCUGGCCGGCAGCUGGCCACACCCAGGUGCGCUAGUGACCAGGACUGGGUGCUUAAGAGCCGGAGUCCUUACAGAGAACCUGUGACAACAUUGUCACUUCUCUAUUUUGAGAAGUUAAAGAAUUGAAAGGCACAGAGAAUAAUAAGUUCCGUGUGUCCAAAAUUAACAAAUGUACACGUCUUGAAUUAUGUAUUUUAAUUAAAAAGAAACACUGCAGAAAAGUUGAAGUCUUUCUGCUUCCUUUCCUCUCACCACUCCCUUCACUGGCCAAGGCACCGCCCUCACGGGUUUGGAUCCUUUUCUGUUUUAAUUUGAUCUCUGUGUGUGGUCACCCACAGUAAGGCUCGUGUUCCGAGUCCUGCAGACCCCUCUUCCCCUCCCCCAGGGGAACGCCUGGCGUGCUGAGCGCCGCGCGGUGGGCUGGGCGCAGACGCAGACGGUAUCCCUCCUCCACGUUCCCUCGGCACGUGCCUCCCCGCUCUGCACUCCUAGCCUGGACAGCAUCCCCGCCGCGGCCCGUCCCACCCCGUCCAGCCCCUGCUGCUUGUGCGUGCACGCUUGUUGCUCCUCCAGGGUCCCUGCCUGCCGCCCGCCUGCCUACUGGGGUGCUGGUCCUCCUGUUUUUCCUCCUGGUCGGAGAGAGCUCCCAGUAUUCCCGGAAACUGGCCCUGGAGCACGUGCGGGCUGUGUGUGCAGGUGUGUACAGAAAUGGAGCGCUUGGACACACUCGGGUCGUGGACAGUGCCGCUGGCCACUUAGUCAAGAAGUCCCAGCCCCCCGCCCCCACCGGCCUGACAAAUACUGUUUUCUUCUGAUGAUUGGGUUUUUUUUAAUUAAUAAAUUAUUUUAUUUAUUUA